AUGAAUAAUGGCAAAAUCACAAAAACAACUAAGCAAAGAAAAAAAUCAGCAAAACAUAUUAUGUGCCAUCCUGAAGCAACAGAGAUAUACGCGAAUUGUUUCCUUUGCUUUUGCUGCUGUUUUCCUGCUGGGAUUUGCACCACCCACAUCGGCAAUAUGGGCUUUGUUGGGACAUUAGGCAAAGAACUGUUGAACCAUUUCAAAUAA